AUGGCUGGGCCGGCUGUUAUGUGGUUGGGUGUGCGGCGGCUACAUUUGAGCCUUGCGAGCCGGGCUGGCAGCGUGUGGCGUACCCAGCAGGGCUUGGCCACCAGCCCCUCUGGCAAUGGGCCUCUCACAGAGCUGCCGGACUGGUCCUAUGCAAAUGGUAGAUGUGCUACCCCAAUGAAAGGGCAGCUACAAAGGAAAGCACAGAGGGAAAAGUUUGCGAGAAGAGUUGUGCUGCUAUCCCAGGAAAUGAAUGCAGGAUUGAAAACAUGGGAGCAAAAGCAGCAGGAAAAAAGGCAGGAGGAGGAAAAGAAACUGCAAAAUUUGCUCAAGCCCAAAUGGGCUUCAAUGAAGGGCCCAUGA